GGAGGACUGAGUGAGGACAAUCAUUUAAGCUCUGAAGAAUUCUACGAUUUUUCACUUUAAAAAUACUAACAGAGAGAAUAAAAGCAAGAAGAGGACAUCGGAUUCAAAGACUUCCAAAUGAUCUAAUCUGGAUAUGAAUAAUUAAUUGCUGAGAUGUUUGUUAUACAAGAGGCUGCCGUUGACGCUUAACGAAGACUGCUUAAAGAUCAGAGGACUACUUUGGUUGCUGAAUGAAUACAUGAACAUGACACAGGCGCUCGAGUUACUCGCGUUACUCUGUCUGAUUCACAUGCGAGCCGGCGCCGCGUAUAUGGGCCUCCUGUACCCGGAGAUGUCCAACGGCACUUUUCAUCACUACUUUGUACCAGAUGGCUACUAUGAGGAGAACGACGACCCUGAGCAGUGCCAGAUGCUCUUCCGUGUGACUGAUGAGACCCGCUGCAGUCUGGACGAGGACCAGGACUCUGUGAUUAAAGAUGACUUUACCAUUCUCAAGCGGCACGUGGAGGAUGCCGCGCGCGUCCUUGAGGGCAUCGGUCGGAGUGUGGCGGUCGACCUGGAUGGCGAGCACAGCUAUGGCGAGUUCCUGCAGCGUGAGAGCACGCAGAUCAGUGAGGCGUUCGCCAGCUCUGAAAAGUCUCUGCUGGAGCUGGAGGUGAAGUUUAAGCAGAGCCAGGAACAGGAGCUGCGUGAUGAUCACCGGGUCGGAGACAACUUCCUGGCCAUGGUGGUGCACGCUCGUGACUCUAUGCGGGAGACGCUGGACGUUGCGCUCGCGCUCAAGGACAAGCACGAACUCCUGUCCCUUAUUAUUCGCAGCCAUGGCACGCGCCUGAGCCGACUGAAAAACGAGUUCCUGAAGGUGUAAAAGAAGCACGUGCUCACCAAAAACAGGACACAAGAUGGGUAUGGUGAUGCCCUUUUUUUAAAUUAAGUGCAUUACAUGGACAUUUGGCCAACAUAAUGCAGCUAUUUUGUGCAAUAACUUAACAAAAUACAGGCUUUUGUAUGUAGGUAGACUAAGUAUAAGACAUUUUACUUUUGCAAAACAUCAUAUAUGUCUACUUAUUUCUUUUAGUGACUUACCAACAAAAUCAGGGUGAAAAACUUGUCCCACAAGUGAAGGGACAAGGUGCACAUUUCUUGUAUUUGGUCUUAUCUCAGUUGUAACAGAGCCAUAAGACAGUUGUAACAUUU